CGACGCAAAAGCCAGGCCACGAUUUCGAAGAGAAGAACCAUCGAGCUCUACAUUUCUCGGGAAUCUUUACGCGUCUUUUACAGACCGAUUAUCUAGUGGGCUACAGUACAGCCACCGGACGGACAAACCAACCAACCAAGGAGUAUGGCUUCUAUGCUCCGGAUAGACCGUCGAAGCGGCCAGGCCUACGUCGAGCGAGAGAUGAAACCGCUCAAUCCCAACGGUCCGUCCUGGGUGCACGAGACCCCCUACUUGCCCGAAGGAUGGGAGUCUACCAGCACAGUCGGCGCCCCGACGCUGAAACAUGCAGCCAUGAGGCAGACCCUCUCCAACCAGAGAAGGCUGGUGCCCGAACUGUUUGCCAACGUACCGUGGCAGAUCGCGAGUUAUCUGUGGGAUUGUCUUGGAAGGAGUCGGAAACGAACACUCUAUAUAUGGAAGGUGUUCGCUACUGCGUAUCCCCAACAGUUCUCCCUGGUUGCGCAGUAUCGCUCUAUGAAGAUCGGGGGUCUGAAGCUACCACUACGGGAUUAUCUCGCCAUGAUGAAGAGCGAUGACAUGCACUGGCGCGUCACCCUGACUCUCAGGGUAUCGUGUCCGUCGGUCCCCGAGCUAGUAGAGAUCUCGGAUGUCCGAAACCUCGUGGCUCUAGAUGUGAUAACUCCGGCGGGGGCAGGUUUGGUCUCGGACGAUCCCGAAACGCCAGAUCUGCAGGUGACGGCGCUGAAUGAUCGCAUCGUGCGGACGUGGAGCGAGCUGGCGCAGACGACGGGGGCGUUUGCGCAUCUUCGCAUCCUGCGACUCUUCUACCAGGACGAUCUGUCGAAGGUGGUGCUGCGCUAUUUGGCGCGGAUUCCGGCCCUGCAGUUCAUCGUCGUCUACGAGUGCGACGGGCUUACUCGCGCCAUGCGCCGGGGCAUGGAUGGCUGGGAAGCGUAUUCUUCGGACUCGAUCAGACUGAUCGAACUUUUUGAAUCUUAUCAGAACAGUCUGUCCUGUGGCGAUGACCAUGAACCUAUGGACCGCGAUCGUCCUAUUUUGGAUUUUCAUCUGGGGACCAUGAUGGACCCUUUACCGUUGAGGAGCGCUCGAAAUCGGUCUAAGGUGCUGUGUUUACGGCGCACGAAUGCAGAGGCCGAACCGGCCAGCAAACGGCUCAAAGUGACACGCUCCCUUGAUACAUUCCAGAAACCGUCUAAACGACGAAAACCCGUGAUGAAGGAUCGUCGGACCAAGGAUCUUGGCGAAGCCCUGGGGGAUUUCCUGUGACCUGGGGGUUUUCUUGUAAUUUCUUUGUUUCUUUUUCCCCUUUUAUUUAAUUUAAUUAUUUUGGGCAGCAGCUAGGCGCAGGAGACUAGCGGUGAUGUCACUUGCAGCCGAGACCAGCAG